GCGAGCAGCCAAAGAGGCUGUCCCCGCCCUGGCAACGGAGGGAAUGCGUGGUGGCGCCCGGCGGGGUUCAUGCGGCGUCUGCUGUGUGGGGCGCUGAGGGCCUUUCUCAGCCCGAGACCCAGGAGGCUGCGGCUGGGCGCUCGGGGGCCCCAUAGCCGCGUCCCUCCCGCCAUGGAGCGGGCCGUGGUGCGCUGCGUGCCCGCCGAGCCCAAGCUUAGCGUCUCGUUCGUGCUGGCCGACGGCAGCGCCCGGCACGUGCAGCGUGACCAGGCGGAGCCUCUGGGCCGGGCUCUGGCUCGCAUCGCCAACAAAGGCCACGCCAAGGCGGCCAAGAAAAGCAAGAAGGCGCGGGCCGAGAGUGGGCCGCCGCCGCCGCCGCCCAUCGUGCGCCUCUUCUCCCAGGACGGCCAGGCCGUGGCCGACGACGUGCCCAACGCGGAGGCCUGGCAGGAGGGGGCGGUGCUGCAGGUCGGCGAGGCCCGCUACCGCGUGGAGCGCAACCCUCCGGCCCUGACGGAGCUCCAGCUGCCGCGCUCGCUCCUUGCCGGCUUCCCUGUGUGCCCCAAGCUGCGCACCGAGUUCGGCGCCCCCGCCGACUGCCUCUUCCGUUGGUAUCAGGAGCAGAAGGCAGAGCCAGCGGUCUCGGCGGCGGCCGCAACGGCUGGCUGGGUGGAAGCGUCAGGAGGCACCGAGCGCGUCUUCACGCCCAGCAACGGGCACAUCGGGCUGCGGCUCAAGCUGGUUUGCACGCCGGGCAACGGGCUGCGGCGCUACGGCCAGGCCCGCGAGGUGGAGAGCAGCGGCCCGGUGGAGGCCGGCCCGGGCGCCUGCACCUUCGACGCGCGGCACCUCUACACCAAGCGAGUGGCUGGGCCGGGCCUCAUCCGCACGGUGACCUACAACAUCCUGGCCGACAUCUACGCCCAGACCGAGCUCUCCCGGACCGUGCUCUAUCCCUACUGCGCGCCCUACUCGCUGGAGCUCGACUACCGGCAAAACCUGCUCAAGAAGGAGCUGGCCGGCUACAGCGCCGACCUCAUCUGCCUGCAGGAAGUGGACAGGUCGGUCUUCGCGGACAGCCUAGGCCCUGCGCUCGACGCCUUCGGCCUGGAGGGGCUCUUCAGGCUCAAGGAGAAACAGCACGAGGGGCUGGCCACUUUCUACCGCAGGGACAAGUUCAGCCUCCUCAGCCAGCACGACAUUGCCUUGAACCAGGCCCUGCUGGAAGAUCCCUUGCACGGAGAACUGAGAGACCGGCUGGCCCCCUAUCCACAGGUGCAGGAGAAGGUGCAGCAGAGAUCAUCCGCCCUGCAGGUUUCAGUUCUUCAGUGCAGGAGUGAUCCUUCCAGAAAGAUCUGUGUUGCCAAUACCCACUUAUACUGGCACCCAAAAGGUGGAAACAUCCGUCUGAUCCAGGCUGCUGUAGCAUUGUCUCAUAUUAGGCAUGUAACACACAAUGUGUAUCCUGACACACCAAUGAUCUUCUGUGGGGAUUUUAAUGGCACACCUUCAACUGGAAUGUAUAGUUUUAUCAGUAAUGGUAGUAUUGCUGAAGAUCAUGAGGACUGGGGUUCAAAUGGAGAAGAAAAGCAGUGCAGAAUAUCUCUGACCCAUCCACUCAAGCUUAAAAGUGCUUGUGGAGAGCCAGCCUACACUAAUUAUGUUGGUGGCUUUCAUGGAUGUUUGGACUACAUCUUCAUUGAUGUGAAUGCUUUGGAGGUUGAACAAGUAAUUCCACUGCCGAGUCAUGAAGAAGUAACCACUCACCAAGCCUUACCGAGUGUUUCACACCCGUCCGAUCAUAUAGCACUAAUAUGUGAUUUAAAGUGGAAAUAGGCUAAAUUCUUGGCUUUUAUUCCAAUUCAGGAAUUUAGGAGGAUUCCGCUUAAAUUCUGGUUUAAAUAUGAGUUUUUACAAUAAAAGAUAAAAAUGUUCACAUGCCUGUCAGUGACAUAAUGGCAGAUUUUUCAGCACCCUGUUACAGGUCAUAAUUGUAACCAGAGUGCUUAUGCUGAUAAGCAAAGCAGCUAAUGUUUAAAUGCUAAGUUGGAUUACCAAAAUUUUUCCAGGUGGUUUUUACAUGGUGAUUAAGAGUAUUUUGUUUAAAUUAUAGUCUAAAAUAGUGGGCAAGUUAGCUCCUUUUAUAAGAAUUGGAACAGAUAGAAGGGUUUUGGUAUUCUCAGUAGGUAGCAUGCCCAGUCAGUCUUGGUGUUACUUUUUGAGAAGGUACUCUUGUAAGUUGCCCAAACUGUUAACAUGUAUGCUACUACUAUAAACCAUACUUGUUAAAUUUCAGAUUCCAAAAAAAUGGCAACUACCUUCUCUGCAAAACAUUUUACAUCUACUUAAUGUAAUCCAAAACUGGUGUGUUUAAAUAAAAAUCAUGUCUACAUCUCAGUGUUUUAUUUUUUCUUGAUAUGAUAACAUAUGCAGAGAUUGUAAAAAUCUUUGCUGCUUUGUCUUACAUAAAUAAACAAUUUUUUAAAUAUCA